UCAACGCGAGCAGCUUAGGCAGCAGUGCUCGGCUCGCUUGGACGCGGAGCUGAAGCGUUUGCGCCCCUACAGCGGAUUUGGGAAGCUGUCAAGCCGCUGGAUAAACAUUUUCAAACCAGGAGGAACAGAGCGCGGCUUUUCUUUUCGCUCUUCUUUUCCACACGGGGUCUUUCAGCAUGGGUAAUGGCAUCAAUAAGGUCCUACCUGACUUGUACUUGGGGAAUUUCAAAGAUGCAAGAGACCGAGAACAGUUAGCCAGAAACAACAUCACGCACAUCCUGUCCAUUCAUGACAGCGCGGCUCCUAUCCUCCAGGAGAUGACCUAUCUCUGCAUUUCAGCAGCUGACCUGCCCACACAAAACCUGACUCAGCACUUUAAACAAAGUAUAACGUUCAUGCACGAGUCUCGCCUGAAAGGAGAAGGCUGCCUUGUUCACUGUUUGGCAGGUGUGUCUCGCAGCGUUACCCUGGUGGUAGCUUACAUCAUGACGGUGACAAGACUCGGCUGGCAGGAGGCGCUGGCUGCAGUGAAGGUGGUCCGGCCUUGCGCUGGCCCCAACCUGGGCUUCCAGCGUCAGCUCCAGGAGUUUGAGGCUACUCAAGCUGAUCAGUUCAGACAGUGGUUACAAAUGAAAUAUAAGGACAAUCCCUUCAAUGAUGAGGCUGAUAUACGAGAAUUGCUUCUCAGAGCGUCCAAAGUCAAUGGUGAGGAGGUGAAAAAACAGGCAUCCACCCCACCAGGAGGCAUCUGAUCACUUCUUUUGAUAUGAUAUUUUGCAGCUCAGCCUGGAGGAUCACAUCACUGCCUGAUGCUGCAGUAUAUUGGACCUUGGAUCUUGAAGUCUAAUAUGCUUUCGAUUUGACUAAAGCCAGAAUGGAGCGAUUCUCUUAAAAUCACAUUCAUGAACGCUGGAAGUUACCAUUGAUACGGACAGCACGUUAUUUAUUUAGCAUUGGUUGAUGUUUCUGUUGCUGUUUUUUUUUUGUUUUUUUGCCUAAUUUCUGAAUGUUGUGACCUUUUUUUUGUACUCUGUCAUGAUGGUUUCAAAUAGUAAAAUUAAAGGAGUAAAAUCGA